CCGCGGUGAUUCGAUCGCCGGAUCGUUGUGACAGUGUGAUUCCGCAUGCUCGUGAACCCGAAGUGACGGCCGGUUCCAGUGAAGGACCAGUUCGACCGGAGAACCGCGGGUACGGCACGAUCCUCACGGCGGCCGCGAAGGAUGAUCGAGACGUCGCCGGCACCCGGGACCACCGGCUCCUAGCCGUGGACACCGUGGAUGAAUGAGGGGACUCGGUAACGCGGCAGCCGAUACGCGUUGGUACACAACGAGUAGUUUUUGCCCGAAACCGGCUGCCGGCGAAUCCGUUCAGUCUGCAAUGAUACGCGGCGUUGGCAACAAUCGGCUCGAUAACGCGCGAGCAUCGUCCCGCCUGGCAGCCUUCCUCCUCCUCUUCUUCUUCUUCUUCGCGGAGCACGACGAGUGCUAUUUACCGACCAGCCAGCCUGCCGAUCCCUCGGGACCCUCGCGAGCACGUCUACACCGGACGUCAGGCCAGCCAGAAUUCAGUUGAACGCGGGACGCGCUCGGAGAGGACAGGGCGUUCGCGAGAGAAAGAGAUACCCUCGACCGGUCGCCCGCGAUAUCGGCGCAUUACGGAUAAAUAUCAAAUUUCCGGCGGCUCGCAGAUCGGCCGGAUAAUACGGUCGGAAUUCUAUCGGGAGGCCGAUAACAAGAAUCCCCGCGAGAUAUCGAUCGAUCGGGCCGAGCCGCGCGAUUAGGAUCCUUCCGGCGCGCGGGACCGAGAUGCGCGCGUCUCGAUCGGAGAGUUGUCGAGGCUCGUGCGACGUGUUUGUCCGCGUUGUCCGCCGCUGCGAUCGUUCGGACGACAUUUUAUCGUCUCCCUGAGAACCGUUUCAAGGUCUAGUUCACGGGACCGUCGAAUGCGACCGGGACAUCGAGGCUGUUCGAUCGAAGAUCCGUCCGCGAGUUCGCGACGCCGACGACCAACCUUUCACGAAGGAACCAUCCCGAGCCGAUCCGUGCUCCGUUUCUCCCGUUUGCAAGCGUCACAGUGCGAACCGCGCGUUCAUCCCAGAAGAGUGUCGGGACACGGACGUGAACAGUGACCGAGGAUCCUCGUCUCCUCCUGUUCUCCGUUAACCCGGCUCCGGUUCUUCCGACGUCACCAGUGAGUACAUUGUGCGGGUCAACGAUGGACCUGAGCACCACGCCGAGGAGGGCUUCGGAGAGCAUGACCAGCGACCUUCAGAAGACCAGGGUCGCGAAGAGCGUCUUCAGCAUCCGCAGCCUGGUCGACGUGGAGGAGACAGACCUGCCCGCGGCCGAGGACACGGACACAGCUCAGAAUCACUCGGCGCGAGGAGGAGGCGUCGAGCCAGCCGCCGAGCAGACGAGUCCUGCGAGCAGUACGAGCAGCUCUGGCCAGGUGAAUCAGGCGAACCAGCCAGCUCUCCAACAGCAGCCGCAGCAGCAGCAGCAGCAGCAGCAGCAAUCGGUACCGCCACCUACAACGACAACACUUCAAUCCGGUCAAAUGGGAAUCUCCACGGAAGAGGUGAGGGCCGAGGAGGAGAGCAACCACCCCAGAGCCGCGCCGACCAGCCCUGAAAGCGAAGCCGAGGUCGACGACUUCGUUCCAAAAAGGAAGCAGCGCAGAUAUAGGACUACCUUUACCAGCUUCCAGCUAGAGGAACUCGAGAAAGCUUUCUCGAGAACUCAUUAUCCGGACGUGUUCACCAGGGAGGAGCUCGCCAUGAAGAUCGGCCUCACGGAAGCUCGGAUACAGGUCUGGUUUCAGAAUCGGCGCGCGAAAUGGCGGAAGCAGGAGAAGGUCGGGCCCCAGGCGCACCCGUACAACCCGUACUUGGGUUCAGGCGCACCGCCGCCAUCGGCGGUCGUCGCGCCGACCUUGCCGAACCCCUUCGCCCACCUGGGCGCGUUUCCCCUGCGGAAACCGUUCGACGCGUUCCGCUACCCGCCCCUGGGUCACGGGCCGGUCCUUCCUGCUAGUUACACCACUCAUCCCUAUCAUCGCGCGCCGCCACCUUUGCUACCGCCCGGGAUGCAUCUGCCUUACGCGUCGGCCGCGUCGUUCCAGAGCCUCCUGGCGAACAUCUCCGCCGCGCAGCGGCCGAAGCUGAUGCGCGGCUCGUCGCCGGCGCCGCCGCCGCCGCCGCAGGCCGCCCAGAUCAGCCUGGCCCACCCCGGGGUCCCGAGCCAGCCGCCGACGGUGAACACGCCGCAGGGCUCGCCCACUGGCAGCGUCGGCCUGCCCGACAUCGACCGGCGGACCAACAGCAUCGCGACGCUCCGGCUGAAAGCCAGAGAGUACGAGCUGCACCUGGAGAUGCUGCGCAAGAACGGCGACCUCAUCAGCUGAAGAGACGAGACGAAGCGAGCCUCGGCCAUGCGAACGCCGUUCGUGCCCGUCCACCGCAGCCAGCCCGAUGGCCAGCCGUGUUGGUCGACCACGAUGAUCUCUAGCCGCUGAAUCGCCAUUGUUUAAUUUUUUACCCGAAUCCAACAGCCAGUGGAACGAAGCCGUGGGGAACGAAUGUGACGAAGUGAACCGCAGACUUUGCGACUACGGAUUGCGCGACAUGCCGCCGAGCACGUCGAAUCCGCGGCGAGGAUCGAGCCGCUUCGAGUAGAACUCUGCGAACAUGGAAGCGUCGGAUGCGUGGUCUUGAAAAGAUUCCAAGUUCCCACCGGUGUUCGAAGUUCCGGAACUUCCAGUAGCUCGUGCCGAAGCAGUCUGUUGUCAGUCGUAGCGACGACCGUUCACAAUCGUGGAACUCGCGACGCGAGCCGGUGGCACUUGGAAUAUUCCCAGGACACAGCGGUGCGGAGUCGUACUCGAAGUGACUCGAGCACUCGCGACACGGAAGACUUUAAUCGGUUUCAACGCCGUGAUCCAUCGCGCCCCCAUCGAGUCCCGUUUCGUCCGCAGUUGCCUGUGUCGCGCGAGACACGAGCCAAAGAACUUUCCAUCGGAACGGCUGGACGCUCCGCGACCGUUCAAACCUCGUGCACGCCGGGGGAAGUUCGACCGACGGUAUCCUUUCCUCCUGCGACCGCUCGCGCCGUUAUCGCGCUUGACGGCCGUC